AGUCAAGCAUACCUAUGAUAAUCGAUUGAUCAGUCCAGAGCACACAUCUUCUUUCACUUCGUCUUGCCAAAGGCAAUCUCCCAAGGCAGGUGUAUGCAUGGUAUAUUAAGUAGUUAACAUGUCGACAGCAGCAUGCCCAUGUCCCGCGCGAUAUUGCAGUUGGACAUAAAUUUCGCGUUGCCCAGCCAUCAAUCCCGGAAAGUUGCCGCGAAGCUUAAUUCCCAAGCUUCCCCAACCUCGUCAAUAUCCACCGCCCUCACAUGUCCAAUCCAUAUCUGCAUCAUCGCGAUCGCACAACUCUUGCAUUUCUGUGCACAUCUCUGGCACGGUUGGCAUUAUUCAUAAACAGCUCAUAAUAACUGUUGCAGGGCUCGUCGCUUGACCUGUCACCCACCGACGAACGUUCGUUACUUACAACGUCGCCUCCGAUUCUGUGCAGCGCUGGCGCAACAGCCCUCCAACAUCGACGUCAUGGCUAGACCUCAGGUCGGUCGCAACGACGAAGCCAGUAUCGGAAUGACACCACCACCAUCGUCGCAAGUGCUUGACUCACCUACUCGGAUCAAGACUCGUACGCCGUCGCCAGUGGAUGCCGUCUCUCAAAUUUCGACUCCACCUCCGACGGUGGGCCUAUCUAAUGGCAUCGCGAGCGCGCGGAUUCACUCGACGGCGCCCUCGGCCGAUCUCCUGUCAGCCCACGAUAUCAGCAAUGCUUCCGCGGAAAUUUUGAGGGACUCUGUCGCCGUCUUACAGGCGGCACUGCGUGACGCCAAGAUGAGCGCCGCCCACCACAAGCUUCAAUAUGAGAUGUUGGCACAAGAGAGUAAUGCUGCGUUGGAGCGCAUGGCCGUCGAAGCGCAUAUGACACAAUGCGAAAACCAGAUUAUCUACCACGCGGAGCAGACAAAGAGCGCGGUCGCUCCUGAGACAUCCGGCCAACUCCAGGAAGGCACCAUCGCGGUGCAGAAGGAUCUCUACCACCAUAUGCUGCGCGAUAUACAGCUUCUCGGCGAAGCUCACAGUGCACUGGAGGAGGAGUAUGAGGCUCAGGAGAGAAUAAUCAAGCGCCAGGAGCACGAGAUUGCGAGUCUGACGGACAAGGUCACUCUGAUGCGCGAAUUAGUUCAAGGACGCACCCGAGAUGCGCGAGAUGCGCCUCAAGCGGCCCGUCGACACAAUCGCGUAGGAUCGACUCCGGUUUCGGCAUUCAGCACGCCUCAUCGCAAUCACCUGAGCGGCCGCGAGUCGGCACAACCUUUCGCCGCCCUGCUGCAAGCUUCCGAGAUGGCCAGCCAAGACGCUGCUCGUUCAUCGUCCGCUCGCGGCAGGAAAGGUCACGCUCGAAAUGCCCAAAGCCUUUCGCAGCUUCCCACUACUCCUCAGUCCUUCCGGAAAUUCGCCGAUGCCUAUCAUACCCCCCAGGGUCGACAACAAGCAUCACGUGUGCCAGCAACAAUGCCAGUCCCACGACAGCCCGCCCUUCGCACGCCAGAUGUCUAUUCGCGGACUGCUCUCCCUAUGUCUUCCGCCACAGGCACAAGCCGCGCCCUUUCUGAAGGCACCGUAUCCGCAUCCGAGAACAAUGACAACGACGAGAUCGACAGCGAAGCGGAUACAGAUAUUAUUGAACCCGACGAACUUGUCGCCGACUCGCAAGCUUCACGCGCUGCAUCGCAGAUGCUUCGUUCAAGUCAGGAACAACAAGCCAAGCGAGAGAGCUUUCAGGGCAGUGGCAUGCUCCCGCCUCCGACCACAGCGACAAAAAAUUCCGCUGUCAAUCGCGACCGAUUCAAGCAGACCAAAUUGUUCGGGGCCGUACGGAAAUCGAAUGUUGAGAGAAGCGAGGGCAGCAGACCUGCGAAGAGGCCGAGGACAGAGAAGGAGACUUCUGCCGCUGUGGGACUCGGGAUUGUUGGAAUCAAGGACUGAUGUGCAUGUGCGCGCCUGGGUGGGUUCACUGAUGCUCCUACCUGAGCAUGCCAGGAUGUAACGACGACGAUGAUGAUGGAACGCAUUGAAUGAAGUACGAUAUGGGCUUGGAAUUCUGAUAACCAUGAUGGAUGACGAUUACGACAACUGACGACCCGACUUAAUUGACACUCCCAGGAUGAGGGGUGCUGGCCGCAAGGUCCUGAUUCAUUCGACCUCGGUCGUUUUGACUGUGCGAUUUAGAUAGCUGCAGCAUGUUUAGCCAAUAAGGCUCACAAUUGAUACCACUUUCGCGAUGAC